GGCGCCCCGCGGUCACGUGAUGUUUGGGUGCCGGCAGCACGGCGCGGGCGCGCGGCGGCAGGUGAGGGGCACGCGCGGCGGCGGGACUGUCCCCGCCCCCUCCCCACCCCGGGGCGCGCGCGCGCGCACGUGCAUACAUGUGUGUGUGCGCGCGACCCCGGGAUGGCAAGGGGGGGAGGGGGGGGGCGGGUAACGUAAGGACGUGGACGUGCCGGGUUGAGGGUGUGCAGCGUGGGGACACGGGUGGCAUUGCACAGGGAGAAGCCACUGAGGCAACCAGCUUUUGGUCUGUUGUGCUGCUGCUGCUGCCUUGUGCCAAACCGGUGGCUCCACAUCACAAGGGGAUAGAAGCGUGGGUUUAAAGUACAAUCCUGCAUCCACUGCUAUUUAGAAAAUGUCUUAUGGAUCCAUUGAUGGGAGUGGAUUUGGGAGGAACCCAUUUGGAGGCCCUUCGAGACAAGGCUAUCAACCUCUUGAUGAAUCAUGGAUCAUUCUUGUGUGUAUCAGCUUCCUCAGAGUUUGUAGCAAAUGCUGAUUUACCUCCUUUGAAUAUCAAAUCAUCGAACAUUUCACUGCGCAUUCUGAGCAAGUCUUUGCUCACUUCUGUUUAUUCAGCCACCCAGAUUGAUCCCAGUGAACUACAGGAACUUUUUCAGGAGACUUCUGCCAAUGUCUUCCGAAUUAACUCCAGUGUGACCUCUCUGGAAAGAAGUCUUCGAUCUCUGGGGACCUCCAAUGAUACUCAAGAACUGCAGGACGGACUGCAUGCAACCCAGCAAGAGACUAAUAAAACCAUCACGACUAGCACCAAAGCUAUCAAGCAGCUGUCUGAGGUUGUCAGAGGCUCAUCCAGGCAAGAACGUCUUCAGCUGGAUAGGCUGAAGAACCAGCUGUCUGAUGCCAUCCAAAGAUACGGAGCUGUGCAGAAGAAAAUAGCAGAGAAAUCGAAAGCUUUGCUUCCUACUGGGCAGAAAAGUAGCAAACAAAGCCCUAGGACUCCUUUCUCUGACCUAGCCGAUGAUGAGAAGAUCUUUAAUGGAGGAGAUGGCACGUGGCAAAACCAGAGUCAGGAUCAAGCCUUGCUCUCAGAAAUCACAGAGGAGGAUCUGGAGGCCAUCCGUCAGCGGGAGGAGGCCAUUCAGCAGAUUGAGAGUGACAUGCUGGAUGUGAACCAGAUCAUUAAAGACCUGGCCUCCAUGGUACAUGAACAAGGAGACACAAUAGAUAGUAUUGAAGCCAACAUUGAGACUGCAUCUUCUAAUGUAGAAUCAGCCAAUGAGCAGUUGGCAAAAGCAAGUCAGCACCAACUACGAGCCAGGAAGAUGAAGUGCUGCCUCCUCUCUGCUGCUGUGGCCGUUCUGCUGUUCAUCGUCAUAAUCAUUGCAGUCUCAGUCAAACGCUGAUCUGAUGACUGUUUCCACAGAGUCUGUGAUCACCCCUGACGUGGAAUGGAUUCUCAAGGCAUUUCACAUUCAUGCCCUAUGUCAGUGUCUGCUUUGCUGGUCACGGUGUGUUGAAACUGCCAUAACCAACGAAAACUAAUUGUAUGGAAGCAAAGCUAAGUUUUAUGCCAUAUGUUAGUAUAAUUGUGAAUAAGUUUUCCUGCUUUUUUUUUAUUAUUAUUAUUUUGUACCCUUUAUUGAAGACACGUUUUACCCAGCAUUUUGGAUUUUAAUUGUGCCACCUUUGUAUCUGGGGAAUGUUACUUCUUUGCCUCCAGAUCUGGUAUUCUGUGCAUUGUAACAUACAUAGCUGAAAAUUUAUCUUUAUUGUUUGUGUUUUUAACAUGCUCCUGAUUUCUAGCUCUGCUAAUUGGAAACUAUGAAAGUCAAUGUGCUUUGUUUGACUCUUCUGUGAUUAUUUUUGUAUAUUUUAAAUAGAAUCCAGCUCAGAUUCUCAUUUCUGUGCACUGCUGCUUUAUAAUUUGCUCUGGCAAAUAUGAGCUAAAUUAUUUCAAAAUUACAUGAGUAACUUACAAACAAUCAGCAAGAUACUUAUUGGAUUAUAUGACUAUAUACUUAUUUGAUACCACUGUAAGCAUAGAACACAUUUAUUUAUUUAUAAGAAACACUAGUAAAAGAGCAAGACAAACAUUAAGACAUACUGUUAUCUCUUUUUUGAAAAUGAUCUGCAAUGUGUUAAAAAAGUCAAGCAAUGCAUCUCAUGAAAAACAGAAAAUUCUGUAUUUGAUUUGAUCUCAUAGGUUUCAACACAUCCACCAUUUGGGAUUUUGUUCUGUUUUCAUGCACAAUAUAUUCUGCUGAAAACAUGAUUGAAAAUGCCAUUUAUAUUCAUCUUUAAAUGUGUCAUGUACUAUAAAUGCAGUUCUCCUCCAGUAAAUAAAGCAUUUCAAAAGUGGUUUUAAUUAAAAUGUCAUAGGAAGUAUUGAAGAGAAUUUCACAAAAUGAUAUGUUUUUUAUUCUUCAUGAAAAGUCACAUCUUUUACGUAAACAGUGUCUCACCAUAAAAUAAAAUAAAAUAAAAUAAAAUAAAAUAAAAUAAAAUAAAAUAAAAUAAAAUAAAAUAAAAUAAGCUAGCUCCUAAUGAAAUGUGGAUUUGGUUACUAUGAAGGUUUAGAAAAGAAUAACAAAUAUUAAUCUAGAUUCUUACCCGCACUGAUUUAAACUAUAUGCUUCCUUACCAAAAAGCUAACACAGUAAAGGCUGAGCACUGAAAACGCUCAGCAAAAUCUUGCAGGUACUUAAGCUCAUUCAGGGUCAGAAGUGCAAAGCUUAAUUAGGUUUGGGAGGGAAACAAAAGUCAGUUUGAGGGUUGUUGUCGUUCUUAGGUUUUGUUUGCUUGCUUGUACUCUUUUCAUCUAUCCAGCAAAGUCAACAUAACUGGAUCAUUAUCAUAUAAUUGUUCCAGUUGGAAGGGACCUUUAAAGGUCAUCUAGUCCAAACACUUGUUAUUAAGAAAAGCAUAGUAAUAGAGUGAUAACGUUUUUUAUUUCCAGGCAAGUUGAGUUUUGUUCCGAAAUUACAAAUGUUACCUGCUGUUCUACUUUACCACAGUGUUUACUGUUGAAGUGGAGCUCCCUGUUUAUUUCCAGUAUAACCUGUGGGCAGCCUGUAUCUGCAAAACUGGCAAAUUCUUUAGUGCUGAAAAUGAUUUUCAUCUAGUCACUAAGAGACGAAAUGAACCUAGCUCAAAGCUGAUUGCGAGCAAAUAUUUUGAGAGCCUCAAGUUGCAUUUGAACAAGAGAUUCCAAAUGAAAAUCCCUGCCCAUUCACUAAUCCCAUUCAUUAGAGGCUCAGUGAUUACCUCAUUAGUAUGAUGCAGUGCAGAAACUGGUGGAGCUUACAACGAGCCAGCUAACACAGCUGAUGGAUUUGGCACAAACGACCCAGGUGAAGUAUUUCUCUGCUGAAACUAUGGAUGCUUUCUGGCUUAGAAAAAGCGUGAAAUCUCCACAUCGUAACAUAACGUAUUGUGGACUUUCUUUUAAUAGCAAAUGCUAUUUUAAUAUAUAUAUUCCACUAUGUUGCUAUAAAACAGUAUGUUCCUGAAGAAUAUAUGUUUUCUGUUCCUCACCCCCAUCAUGAGCACAUUUGCCUUCUCCUUCCUCAUUGCAAAUAUGUCCAACAAAGCCGUUAAACAGCUGUUUAUGCUGCUCAUGUUAGUGUCCCUUUAUAUGAAAAUACUGUGGGCACACUGGCACAGUUUUAUUCUUUUUUACAAGAACACAGAGACACCAAACUCAACACCUCCCAGAGGCAGGAGCUUCAAUUUGGGCAGAUCCCCCUGAGCAGCCAUGGGGAGGGGGUUAAUGUGAAAAUGGGGGAAAUUCUAACAGAGCUGUUUUUCAUGGGCACUGUAAGCUGGCAACAGAGGAAUAAAACUUAAGAAAAUCUUAACGAAAGAAAUUAAAAACAGGCAUAGCAGAAACAGAGCAAGCUAAGCACCAAAUUCAAUUAUUAAGUUGUCAAGUCCUCUUAGUUAGAAGAGGAAAAGGAAACAGUUUUUGUCUGUAGUGCCUUAAGGGCAAGUGUGAACAAGAUGAAAGAGUCCCGUCUGUCAUGCUGGUUACUGUCACAUAGACAAGCCAUUCAGAAGCCAGUAAAAUUUCUCAGAUCUGAGGUCUUUGCAAAGGAGAGAUCUUCCCCAAAGACAGAUCUGUAGAGGUGUCCCAGUUGGAACAGCUGUACCUACCAUUAAACGUUCAACAAAUUUUUGACCUUUUGGCAGUACAUUUUUAUAGGAUACAUAAAUCUACUGUCCUGGGAAUAUGACUGCUUAAGCUAACCAGAGGGAAGUCCUGAGGACCAUUAGAUGUCUUAACCUCCACAGAGCAGGACAUAAAAACCAUUCUACAAAUUCACCUCAAGGUUCUGUAUCACCUGGCAUUCAGUUUCCAACAGUGAACAUAAAUAAGCACCUAAGGGACAGAAAGUUUACCUAUGAUCAUUUCAUCCUAAUAGUCACUCAGUCUCUAUUCUUAAUUUCUCUGUGAUGGGGAUUUGAUGAAUUGAUGGUUAGACUAAAUGAUCUUAAUGGUCUUUUCCAACCUUAAUGAUUCCAUGAUUCUUUGAUUUCCUGAUGGGUAAUGUAUCUUGUGUAGGAGAAAGGAGUUUCACAGAUCUGCUACUAACUGGUGGAACAGGCUGCCCAGAGAGGUUGUGGAUGCCCCAUCCCUGGAGGUGUUCAAGGCCAGGUUGGAUGGGGCCCUGGGCAGCCUGGUCUAGUAUUAAAUGUGGAGGUUGGUGGCCCUGCCUGUGGCAGGGAGGUAGGAGCAUGAUGAUCCUUGAGGUCCCUUCCAACCCAAGCCAUUGUAUGAUUCUAUUUCUUCCUUCCAUCAAAAAAUGUGGUUACCAAUCUGUCUUAAUACACCUUUGCCAUCCCAUCCUGAUUUUUCAGACCUCUCUUACAUACUCCCUAGCACGUAAAUAUGUGUGAAGAGAAUCAGCCAACUUGUCCCUUUCCUUCUGAGUUGGAUAACUUGCAUUGUCUCCCUGACUUACUCUUAUAGUCAGUUAUAGAGAGAUCUUUAACAGUAGCUUUAAACAAUAGACCUGAUUUUCAGACAGCUAUUGGUAACCAGAAGAAGUUCAAUCUGUUCUCUGUGUUGUUUUAUGGUAACAAAGCAUCUCUUAUCUCUUGAGCAUGAUAUAUUUUGAUCCAAAGUCAAUUGAAGUUACAGGAAAUAAAAGAUGGUCUACCUUGAUCAUCAGCUCUGAUAAUUACUUAGGCAAGUGCCAAGAGAAAGAGAAAUGGAAAUGGCAGUGAUUGAUACAGUCCUCCAUACUUGCACUUCAUGUUUCUAAGAACAUGUGGAGAAAAACUGAAGAACAGUAGGGCAGGUCACCACAUCACUCCCUAACAACUUAUUAAUCUACAGUUUUCUAGGGUCCACAAGACAUUGAAAAUGUCUGCAGUUCAUCCAUUUGGUAUUAGUGUGUUAACCCAAGUAAUUAGGUGCAGCCUCUUCCAAAGCAGCAGCCCAGAGCACAUUAAUGAUCCCUCACAUGGCACCUGAACCAUGUUUCUCAGGCUUUCAUUCACCACAGGCUACCACUCUGUGGAGCUGAGUGGAACCUAAUUAGAUUAAAAAGAAAUAUGGCUAUAAUUGGUCUGGAGCAGCUUAGUAAAAUGUAAUAAGGGAGUUUAAUUGGCUUCAUCUUUGUAUUACUGAUUCUAAAUUUUGUCAUUUGCUGUGGACAGUGGACCAGCUUUUCUUUACUCUGCCAUGGAAAGAAUAUGAAUAAAACAUACACUGAUGAGAGGUAAUCUGUUUGACAAUUACAUGCAGAAAUGGCAAACAUUGAUAGUUUCACAAUAAAAGUCAGGUUUUCCUCAACCUUGUAUGCUGCUGACAAUGGAAAUGUCUAUUUUAAGAGUAUCAAAUGACAUUUAGGAAAGAAAUUAAGUCACUGCUGUUUUGUAACCUUAGUUCCAGUGAAUUAUAGUUGUAGCUAAUGCCAAAUCCCUGCUUAUCAUAGCUAGCAAUUGUAGGGACUUGCACAAAAGUAAAUAAAGACAUACCAAAGUGAA